GCUGAGGUCAGCAGCUAAUUGCCCAUCUCCAAAAGUUUUAUUCUACUGAGAAGUCGCGACUUGACGAGUUUUCAGAAACCAUUCGGCAGUGCGGGGUUUUGCAGACGGAUCGAUAAACACCCCUAGGAGUUUUGAAAUGGGUUGCAACGGCUCAACGCUUGCCAAGAUCCACAACCUGGACGAACUGAUUCUUGAGACUGGGUUCUCCUCGUCUCAUAUCUGCCGUCUCUACGAUCGAUUCCACGCUCUGGAUAAAGAUGACAAAGGAUCGCUCAACCGGAGUGAUUUUCAGAAUAUCAGCGAGCUCGCUGUUAACCCUUUAGGGGACAGAAUCAUAAACGCUUUUUUUCCUGACGGGAUGGAUUUGAUCGAUUUCAACUCGUUCGUCCGGAUCCUGGCUCGCUUCCGACCCGUAGAUCAAAACCCGAAGAAGGAACCAAAUGCCCCGGAGCCCAUCAACAGCAGGGUUAACAAGCUCAAGUUUGCCUUCCAGCUUUACGACCAGGACAAAGAUGGCAAGAUCUCAAAGAGUGAGCUUUUACAGGUCCUGCGUAUGAUGGUGGGGGUGCAGGUGACGGAGGAGCAGCUGGAGAGCAUCACUGACCGGACGAUACAAGAGGCCGAUCUGGACGGAGACGACGCCAUCUCGUUCGAAGAAUUCAAAAAGUCGCUGGACAAGGUGGAUAUUGAGCACAAGAUGAGCAUUCGCUUCCUUCGAUAGAUCGGUCCGCCACGAUCUGGGAUCAUUAUCCAUUAUCCAUUGCGACUGUCUUUUUAUUGAGCGAGCAGUUAAAAGCUAUAGAGCCACAUCCAGCCGGGUAUGACUAACUAACUUAAGAUAUCUUUCAAAGUACAGGUGGGAAGAACAAACAAGCUGACGUCUUCUACACGUCGCGCUUAUUUCUAGUAGUCGAACAUUAACAGAUUUCAUAUAAAAACACACUUUGUGCUGAAAUUAACGCUGUUUACCUAAACCUGUGUGUGCGAAUGAGAGAGAGAUAGAUGCGCUUAAGUUUGGGCUUGUGUGAUCAGAAUAAUCGAAUAUGUUUGAGAAGCUCUGUUGACAGUUGGAAGUUGUUGAGGAUUAGGGUUGAAACUUGCUUAUACAGGGAGUUGGGGAGGGAGGGUAUUCUGUGAGUCUGUAAUGCAAUGAGUAAACUGGAAACCAAAUACAUGUCAAACCAACCUGUUUAUAAAUGCUGUUUGUAUAUUAAUCUUGUAAAUGUACCUUUUUUUUAAGAAUUAUGAAGCCUUAAUUUUAAUAAAUGAUCAAAUAAA